CACGAGCGUGUCAGGCCUGCCUGGCUUACCGACAUGCAUGUCGAGGCCUAUUCCCCGAUUCAGUCCAUCCCCAGCAAUCGGCUGGCUUCGGAAGCUAUCCCUUCCGAGGCUCGUCUCGUGUGGCGCUUUCUUACGCCUACAUACUUCAUCGUCUUCGUGGACCGGACAGUCAUACACGUGUUCUCUGCUCCUACGACCCGUUUGCUUCCCCCAUACAUCGAUCGCAUCGUAUUGUUGGUUCCUCCUCUCGCGUACUGCGACCACGUCCCACCAGCCCGGCCACACUUUUCUUUGCGCUUUCGCAGUGUGACCGACGCUCGCUAUCCCCAAUUUAUACCUCUUCUCCUCGUAUCGGUGACAAGACCAUGUCAUGGCGCAGUCCAUCUACAGCGAUAGGCUGUGUCCAGCGCGUGACCCAUCCACGCUUGUGGUCUACAUAACCAUAUUAGUUCC